UGUGAUUUGAAGUUUUCAAGCGACAAGAAGGAAAAUAAUUUAAAAAUGUUCUUUUAUAUUUUAAUUCUUAUCGUCUUGGUUAUAGUUUGGCUGAUCAAAGACGAUUUGUUCAAUGCGGAACUCUUAAAAGAUUACAGCGAAAAUUCGGUGCCUUUGUUAAAGUCGUCGUUCGGUCUCGUAAAUCGAGCAAGGGAAGCUGAAAUUAUUUUGGGAUCGUCAAAGCAUAUAGACAAGUCUAUGAUUUACAAUUUCAUUCAUCCGUUUCUAAGAACUGGGUUAUUGACAAGUAAUGGCGAGAAAUGGCAUAAUCGACGACGACUGUUAACUCCUGCAUUUCACUUUGAGAUUCUCAAAGAAUAUUUUGAAGUUUUUAAAGAAGAAAGCGAUAAAUUGGUUUUGACAUUAAAAGAAAAAGCUGGACACGAAUUAAAUGUCAUUCCAAUAUCAACACAAUUUACACUUAACACGAUUUGUGAGUCUGCGAUGGGUGUUAAGUUGACGAAUCUUGGCAACGAUGGUGCAAUUUACCGAAAAAAUAUUUAUCUUACUGGUGAAAAACUUUUGUUUAGAUUUUUAAGGCCUUGGUUGAUUCCCGAAUUCAUUUACACAAUCAGCGGACAUAGAAAGGAAAUCAUGACAAUUUUGAAACCGGUUCACGAUUUCACGAGAUCAAUCUUCAUGGAAAGAAAAAUGAAAUUUGUUUCUGAAAAAGAAACAAUCAAUUUGGAAGUUGAAGAUGAUUCUGAGAACAUUUACUUUGGAUCGAAGAAGCGUAAAUAUGCAAUGAUGGAUACGUUGUUGCAAGCACAAGCUAAAGGAUUAAUUGAUGAUGAAGGUAUUUUGGAAGAAACUGACACAUUCACCUUCGAAGGUCAUGACACGACGUCAGCUGCCAUGACAUUCACUCUUCUUCUCCUUGCACAUCAUCCAGAAGCUCAAGAAAGAAUUUUGGAAGAAAUCAAAGACAUUAUAGCUGCAAGUGGUCAUGAAGAGCUUUCAAUCGAUGACUACAAUCGCACAGAGUAUUUGGAUCGAGUUAUGAAAGAAUCGAUGAGAAUUUAUCCUCCAGUUCCGUUUAUCAGCAGAACAAUUUCUGAAGAAUUCACUCUUGAUGGUGUCACGCAUAAAAAGGGAAGUGUUUGCAAUGUUCACAUAUUUGAUGUACAUCGCGAUCCCGAAGUAUUUCCUGACCCUGAGAAGUUCGAUCCCGAUCGCUUUCUACCAGAAAAUAAUGCACAACGAAGUAAUUUCGCCUUCAUUGCUUUUUCGGCAGGAAUGAGAAAUUGCAUUGGGCAAAGAUUCGCAAUGCUUGAAUUGAAAGUUAUGCUGACGAAAAUCAUCAGAAAUUUCAUAAUUUCUCCAGUGACAAAACGUGAUGAAGUCGUGUUUAUUGCGGAUGUUGUUCUAAGGUCAAAAAAUCCGGUGGAAAUCAAACUCAAUGUGCAAGAGCUUUUCUUGUUCGCAAGGAAAGCUGCGAGAACAAUUAAUGCUUCUUAUCAGCAUUACUUUUUCGGAAUAUUAAGCUACAACGUGAUAAAAGCUCAUGACGCUGAAAAGCUUUUAAGUUCAUCAAAGCACAUUGAGAAAGGAAGAAUUUAUACGUUCCUCGAUUCGUUCUUGAAAACGGGCUUGUUGACGAGUAGCGGUGAAAAAUGGCAUACAAGACGAAGACUUUUGACACCAGCUUUUCAUUUCGAAAUUCUCAAAGAAUAUUUUGAAGUUUUUAGAGAAGAAAGUGAAAAAUUGAUUGCGACUAUAAAGAAAAAUGUUAAUAACGAAAUAAAUAUUGUUCCCAUCUCAACUCAAUUCACACUAAACACAAUUUGUGAAUCAGCGAUGGGUGUAAAGCUCAGCGAUUUUGGCAAUGACGGUGAAAUUUAUCGUACUCAAAUCUAUGAAAUUGGGAAACUUUUAAUGUUUAGAAUUAUGAGGCCAUGGAUUCAUUUCAACUUCACUUAUUGGUUGUUUGGACAUCGAAAAAAUUUGGAUGCUGUUCUCAAACAUGCUCAUGAUUUUACAAGAUCAAUAAUUCACAGAAGAAAAAUGAAUUUUGAUGGGGAAGGUAAACAAAUUGAUGAUGCUUCUGAAAAUGUUUAUUUCAGGUCAAAGAAACGGAGAUUCGCAAUGAUGGAUACAUUGUUGCAAGCACAGAAAAGUGGAUUGAUUGAUGACGAAGGAAUUAUGGAAGAAACUGACACGUUUCCCUUCGAAGGUCAUGACCCGACGUCAGCUGCCAUGACAUUCACUCUUCUUCUCCUUGCACACCAUCCAGAAGCUCAAGAGAAAAUAUUCCAAGAAGUUCAAGAGAUUUUGGAGGCUACGGGAAGAAAUGAACCUGCAAUCGAUGACUUCAAUAAAAUGGAAUAUUUAGAUCGGGUAGUCAAAGAGUGUCUUCGAAUUUAUCCUCCAGUUCCUUUUAUCAGUCGACUCUUCUCCGAAGAUUUUUAUUACAAAGGUGUGACGCAUCCCAAAGGAACUUCUUUUCAUAUCUAUAUCUACGAUAUUCAUCGUGAUCCAGAAGUUUUCCCCGACCCUGAAAAAUUCGAUCCAGAUCGAUUUCUACCAGAAAAUUGUGCAACAAGAAGCAACUACGCUUUCAUUGCUUUCUCAGCUGGCAUGAGAAAUUGUAUUGGACAAAGAUUUGCUCUUUUGGAAAUCAAAACUAUGUUAAUAAAAAUUAUCAGAAACUUUAAAAUUUCUCCAAUCACAACACGUGAAGAAAUCGUCUUCGUAGCCGAUAUGAUAUUGAGACCAAAAGAUUCAAUUAAAAUGAAAUUUUUUUUAAGAUGA